UGUCACUUGGUAAGACGAAUAAAUCGCCAAUCAUUUCGUUGAAUUGCAAAGAUUCAAAAUGCACAAUAUAGCCGUGAUAGGUGCGGGUGUUAUCGGGUUGUCCGCGGCGACCGCACUCCAAGAACACCUUCCAAACGUAAACGUAACGAUAUACUCGGAGAAGAUCUCCCCGAAUCUCACCAGCAAUGUUGCGGCGGGAAUGUGGGCUCCGUUUCUCUACCAGAAGACCGACAAUCAAAAAAUUUUGUCUUGGGGGAGAGGGUCGCACGAUCAGUUCUUGAAGUUAUGGAAGGGCGGCUAUGCGAACGAGGCAGGUAUCUGUCUGCAGUUUGUGAAAUCACUGUCGGCCGAUAUCGACAUCCACGUUGGCCAAAACAUCGUCUGGGGCGAGCAGCAAAUGCCACCUGAGGAAGUGGAAUUCUUGACCAAACUUUUUAAAAAGGAUUUCAAAACUGCAGUCAACUACGUGUCGUUCACGUGCGAACCUACUAGGUACUUGCCCUUCUUGCAAAAACGAUUUAUACAAAAUGGCGGCAAGAUCGUGAUGAGGAAAAUUAAAGACUUUAGAGAGCUAUCGCAUUACAAUCUAGUUGUAAACUGCACGGGAUUGGGGGCACCUGAGCUUACUCAGGACACCCAAAUGACACCAAUCAGAGGAACCGCGAUUAGGGUUAAGGCACCAUGGCUGUUCCACUCGCUUAUGGACGACGACAUCUACAUCAUUCUGAACGCCGACACCUGCGUCUUGGGCACGACAUCGCAGUACGGAGACUACGAACUGAGUCCCCGCGAGAGCGAGACGAAGAACAUUAACCACUUUUGCAACAGCCUGGUUCCCGCAUUAGAGAACGCCGAAUAUAUCAAGACCAGUGUUGGUCUCCGUCCUGGACGGGUGGAGGUAAGGUUAGAGACGGAAGUGCGGGACGUUGACGGAAAACAGUUGCCAAUCGUGCAUAAUUACGGUCAUGGUGGGUGCGGAGUUACCUUGUCUUACGGUUGCGCCUUGAAUGUCGUCGACCUAGUUAGAGAGGCGCUGAAGAUUCCUUAUUCCAGCAAACUAUAGUGUUCGAAAAGUAACAUUAGGCGAUAGUUUUUAUUUUUGGUUGUUUCUUUAAGAUGUUCAAUAAAGCUCAUUUCUUUGCGA